AAUGCAUAUAUACAUCCCACGGAGGCUGGCGCUCACAUUCCCAGCUGGAUUACUGCGCAACUUGGGAGAACAUUUUAACCACAGAAGAAACGUCUCCAGCUGGUCUUUUAAGCUAGCAAGGUACGCAACCAUGAACAGUGUGGCAAACUGGCUGGUGGAGAACAAGGACAAGAUAGAGAAAGGAGUAGACAUCAUGGGGCAGGCCUCCGAGGUGCUGGCCUCCACCGUGGGCCAGCUCCACCCCAUCCUGGAGGCCGUCUUCAUGGCCUCGGCCGAGAUCCUCAGCAACCCCGACAGCAAAGAGGCCGUCUACCUGACUCAGAAGAUCGACGAGGUCAACCAGAAGCUGGUGGGCAUCCAGAACGAGAUUGAUAAAAUUGCUCUGGAGCUCCAGAGGACGUCCAUGAACAAGCAGAACUUUGACCGCGAGGCUCAGAUGCUCGGCCAGUACGAGAAGUUCCAGGAGUUCAUCAACGCCAAGCCAGACUGGAAGGCGAAGAAGAAGGAGAAGUUCCUCAAGUAUUACGAGAACACCGACAGUGACUUGAACUUGGACGCUCUCUACUACGCCGUCAUGGGGGAGAACACCUCAGGUGACCCCAUGCUGGACACGGUGGUCGCCACAGAGCAGAGGAGCAGGAGGGCGGUGGAGGACUUUUGCGCUUCGCUGAAGAAGCUUUUCGUGGUCGGCCUCAUCGCCGUCAUGGGCUACGCCGCCCUGAAGGAGGGCGUGGUGGAGACGGACUUGGUGACCAAGUGGCAGGAGCGAAUGGAGGCGGUGGAGAAACGAAUGAAAACCGCCGUAGAUUACUGCACAGAGACCUUUGUGGACCAGGCCAAGCUGGACCUGGAAGACCAGCUCAAGGAGAACCCCGGCACGGUCAACGAGGACUUCACCCGAGCUCUACUGGACUCCCUCGUGAAGAAGUACGACUGGGUCAAGUGGUCGGUCCGAGCCUUCAACAGCAGGGAGCGCAUCUUCUUCUACAACUGGCUGGCGGGCAGGAAGUUCCACGGCAGCGGCGGCGCCAACUGGUUUGACGCCACCACCAGCAACAAGAUCAAAGUGGUGGUGUCCUUCUGCGUGGACCCGCAGCCCAUCGACAAGAGCCAGAUCAGGGAGCAGAUCGAGCAGCAGAAGCUGAAGGGGAACAUGAUGGCGGUGGCGCUGACGCUGAACCGAUGCUUCCCCAAUUGCCUGGUGCACGCCGUCAGCCACUACAAGGAGGUGGUGGAGUCCAACAACUUCAGCGUGGAGAGCUACUACUACGGCAAACACAAACGAGCCUUCCUGUGCAUCCACCCGCAGUAGGCUGCGGCGAAGGCCUUUCACUGAUUACUGCUAAUGUCCUCUUGGAAUUCAAGUGUUUGUGCGUUACGUCCCCUGAAGAAGCAUCUCCACUUUUAUGACUGCCUGGCACGAUAAUCGAUAAAUCGAUUAAUCGAACGAUAAACAAAAAGCAGCUGGAUGAUUAUGAUAAGUUGAUAAGUUGGUGCAUGUCGUCUCUCGGUGCCGCACAGGCUGGAUGACAAGAGGGUUCACUCUGCAUGUGUUUGUGUGCAUCGGUCCUACAGUGGAAUGACCGGAGAGAGUGAACCCUCCUGUCCUCUCAUUCGGCAUCUUUGUGGAGGCGGGGCUACUAGUGAGUGGCUACAGAGUGUUAGCAGUUAGCCUCGUGAGGCAGCAUACGCUAGCAUGAAUGAAGGCACAGAAGCGAUGGUUUCCGAGGCGAAUGCCACGGCCGACAGCCCCAGUGUGGGAAUAUUUCGGUUAUAAACAGAAGGAACAAGGUGAGCGCAUGAACACCAACGACCGACACGGGCAGUUUUCUCAACUACCGAUGGAGGUUUCUCUGGCAGCGGAACCUUCGUCCCGACCGAAAAGCUUUAUAGUAUGGAAGCCUGUUUUCGGAAAAAAACAAAUCCCAAUUUAUGAAAUAAAACGCCAUAAUAAUGAGAUAAAAACUGUGCAUGUGCUGCUUUCGUCACUGGAGCCUUUGUCACAUGUCUUAUGACUUUCCUAUUUCUAAAUGAGAACUUUUUAUCUCAUAAUUAUGACUUUCUUAUCUCAUAAUUACAGUAUUACUUUUUAUCUCAUAAUUUCAACUUUUUAUUUCAUAAUUAUGACUUUAUCUCAUAAUGUUGACUUUUUAUGUCAGAAUUUGGAUUUUUAUCUCAAAACUAGGACUUUUCAUUUCGUAAUUUCAACUUUUUAUCUCAAAAUUUUGACUUUUUAUGUCAUAAUUUUGACUUUUUUUAACUCAUAAUCCUGACUUCCUUAUCUCAUAAUUUCAACUUUUUAUUCAAUAAUUUGGACUUUUUAUCUCAUAAUAACGACUUUCUUAUCUCAGAAUUUCAACUUUUUACCUCAUAAUUUUGAGUCUUUAUCUCAUGAUUUACCAUUCGGAUGUUUUUUUCUGUCAGUGGCGGAAACGGGCUUCCAUAUUACUGUCAUUGUAGUUGAGCCAUACGCCAAAAUUAGCGCAGCAGCUGUGUUAAAUAUACAGUAUGAAGACAGAAGAACCCAAAUAAAAAUAUGCACAAAUGGAGGAAGAGCACGUCAAAGGUUGAAAAAUCCUUCACACUUACGUCGUCAACAGCGGUGGAGCCUUGAAGUUUGUAUUGCAGUCGGAAUGGAUGUAAAACGUGAAUUAUUUAACAUGACAAAUUACACCACUAUGUACAUUUCCAAUGGUCCAAUAUUUACAAAUAAAUAAUAUGUCAUCCAAGUCUGUUAUUUCAUUACCCAAAAAGCCCAGAGUUCUCUACUUUUAGGUAUAUAGUGCUCUAUGGUUAUCGUUGCACUUUUCCUUUUUGUGGUGACAAACACAACAUAAGCAAACACAUAGAGUUAAUCCUUUUAGAUGCUCACGAAGAUUUCGGGUGACGUCAGUGGUCUAAUACAGGGGUGUCCAAAGUGCGGCCCAGGGACCGUUUGCGGCUUGUGGUUGUUUUUUUUUUUUUUUUUAUUGGCUCGCAGCACAUUUUAAAAAUAUAAUUUAACAAGAAACCUGAAUAAAAACCGAGCAACAGCAAAA